AUGGGUGCUAGCGAGUCCAAGCCGUCGUCCAACACGCCCCCACACCUGUGGAAGGCCAGCACGCCCAGCGGCAUCUCACACGACCUCGUCGAGUCUCUGCAGACCAGCCAUGAGACCGACCUGUCCCGCUCCCAGCUCACCGAGCUCCAGAUCCAGGCCCGCGUCGCCGAGGAGCUGAAGCGCCUGCAGGCCAAGGAGUCCGAGGCCCUGAAGCUCGCGCACGAGAAGAUCGCCGCCGAGGACAAGCCCGCGCCCGAGGGCCAGCGCAGCCACGAGGCCGUGGCGCGGGAGAUCGAGGCCCUGCGCACCAAGCUGGCGGAGCGCAAGAAGGUGCGCGACCUGCCCGACGGCGUCGAGGCGGCGCGCUCCGAGGUCGUGCGCUGCCUGCGCGAGAACGACCGCCGGCCGCUCGACUGCUGGAAGGAGGUCGAGGCGUUCAAGGAGGAGGUGAAGCGGUUAGAGAAGGGUUGGGUCGAGAAGGUCGUCUCCUAA